CCCUCGCCGUCGAAGCAGUCGCCGCCGUCGCUGGGUCGCCGUCGGUCUGCGGGAGGCGGGUUAUGGCGGCGGCGGCGGCGGCAGUGGGAGCUGUGAAUGAAUUCUCCGGGUGGACGAGGGAAGAAGAAAGGCUCCGGCGGCGCCAGCAGCCCGGCGCCUCCCAGGCCUCCGCCCCCCUGCCUGGCCCCCGCCCCUCCCGCCGCCGGGCCGGCCGCUCCGCCCGAGUCGCCGCAUAAGCGGAACCUGUACUAUUUCUCCUACCCGCUCUUCGUCGGCUUCGCGCUGCUGCGCUUGGUCGCCUUCCACCUGGGGCUCCUCUUCGUGUGGCUCUGCCAGCGCCUCUCCCGCGCCCUCAUGGCCGCCAAGAGGAGCUCCCGGGCCGCGCCGGCGCCCGCCUCGGCCUCGCCCCCGGAGCCGGUGCCGGGCGGCGAGGCCGAGCGCGUCCGCGCCUUCCACAAACAGGCCUUCGAGUACAUCUCCGUUGCCCUGCGCAUCGACGAGGACGAGAAAGCAGGACAGAAGGAACAAGCUGUGGAAUGGUAUAAGAAAGGUAUUGAAGAACUAGAAAAAGGAAUUGCUGUCAUAGUUACAGGACAAGGUGAACAGUGUGAAAGAGCUAGACGCCUUCAAGCUAAAAUGAUGACAAAUUUAGUCAUGGCCAAGGACCGUUUACAGCUUCUAGAGAAGCUGCAACCAGUUAUGCAGUUUUCCAAGUCACAAACGGAUGUCUAUAAUGAUAGUACUAACCUGACAUGCCGCAAUGGACAUCUCCAGUCAGAAAGUGGAGCUGUUCCAAAAAGAAAAGAUCCCUUAACACACACUAGUAAUUCACUGCCUCGUUCAAAAACAGUUAUGAAAACUGGAUCCACAGGUCUUUCAGGUCACCACAGAGCACCUAGUUGCAGCGGUUUAUCCAUGGUUUCUGGAGCGAGACAAGGGUCUGGGCCUGCAGCUGCCACCCAUAAGGGUCCUUCAAAAACAAAUAGAACAAAUAAACCUUCUACCCCUACAACUGCUGCUCGAAAAAAGAAAGACUUGAAGAAUUUCAGGAAUGUAGACAGCAAUCUCGCAAACCUUAUAAUGAAUGAAAUUGUGGACAAUGGAACGGCUGUUAAAUUUGAUGAUAUAGCUGGUCAAGAGUUGGCAAAACAAGCCUUGCAGGAAAUUGUCAUUCUUCCUUCCUUGAGGCCUGAGUUGUUCACAGGGCUCAGAGCUCCUGCCAGAGGAUUGUUACUGUUUGGUCCUCCUGGAAAUGGGAAGACAAUGCUGGCUAAAGCAGUAGCUGCAGAAUCAAAUGCAACCUUCUUCAAUAUAAGUGCUGCAAGUUUAACUUCAAAAUACGUGGGAGAAGGAGAGAAAUUGGUGAGAGCUCUUUUUGCUGUGGCUCGAGAACUUCAGCCUUCUAUAAUUUUUAUAGAUGAAGUUGAUAGCCUUUUGUGUGAAAGAAGAGAAGGCGAGCACGAUGCUAGUAGGCGUCUAAAAACUGAAUUUCUAAUAGAAUUUGAUGGUGUACAGUCUGCUGGAGAUGACAGAGUGCUUGUAAUGGGUGCAACUAACAGGCCACAAGAGCUUGAUGAGGCUGUUCUCAGGCGUUUCAUCAAGCGUGUAUAUGUGUCUUUACCAAAUGAGGAGACAAGACUGCUUUUACUUAAAAACCUAUUGUGUAAGCAAGGAAGCCCAUUGAGCCAAAAAGAACUAGCACAACUUGCAAGAAUGACUGAUGGAUACUCAGGAAGUGAUCUGACAGCUUUGGCAAAAGAUGCAGCACUAGGUCCUAUCCGAGAACUGAAACCGGAACAGGUAAAGAACAUGUCUGCAAGUGAGAUGAGAAAUAUUCGAUUAUCAGACUUCACUGAAUCCUUGAAAAAGAUCAAACGCAGCGUGAGCCCUCAGACUUUAGAAGCAUACAUUCGUUGGAACAAGGACUUUGGCGAUACCACCGUUUAAGGAAACACCUUUGUAAGCCUGCAGAACAUACAGCAAGCAAGCAAGAAAGGAUCUGCAUUGAACAGGUGUCAGCUAUUGACGCUUGACCUAAGUUUACAGGACUUGAGUCUUAAAAAUUAUUUGUACACCAAACUUGAAGAUGAACCAGAACACAAGUUUAAAUAAAAUUCAAAAUGCAAAUGGAUUAUUUUGUUGUUUUAAGGCCUUCUUGCCUUGAUGGUCAUGGUUGUUCCAGUGGACACUAAGUUAGAGCACAACAAAGACUGAUUCUGGUCUUCUUUUCCAAUAUAAUCAUAAUGUAAAUAAUAAUUUGUAUAUGUGUUGCAGAUGAAAGUAUUCCAGAGACCGCGAAUGGUAGAAGACACAAGAGCCUUUGUUUGUCAUCUUUUUUUUUUUUUUUGCCCUUAAAAUUGUAGUUUUUCCUGUUUUGCUUUCCUGCUGUUUGUCUUAACUAUGGGUGAUUGGAAUGCCAACCACUCUUAAAUUGGUUUGUUUCCUUUUACAAUUACAGUGUGCCAAAUGAAACUUUUUCCUAAGUAAUAGUAAUAGGAAAAAGUUAUUUUGAAGGUUUUUUUCUUCAUAAAUUUACAGACCUUAAACAAUUGUUGAUCUUUUCACUUUUUAUUUUUCUAUUCCCUUGCUACCAAACAGUUAGAAAGCAAUAUAAUAGCAUCAAAGCAAAUCUGGCUAAAUGCAGAUGGUUUAAAAGCUUGAGUUACUCUGUCAUAUAACAUGUAGAUCAGUCCUCAUGUGACGUGCAGUAUCUUUUUUCUAAUAUACUUGUCAGAAAUCUAUUGUAGACUGUUAACUUAUUCCUAAUGGAAUUUAUUUUCUGCUAGAAUUACUCAAAUAUUUAAGAGGGCCAAUUUUAACUGCUGUAAAAGUGGUUCUAGUGCAAGCAAAGGGAAAUUCUGGGAGCUAGGACAUUUCUAAUUUAUUGCUUAUUACCUUCUUACUGUUUACAGGAUAAUUAUAAGCCAGUGGAACUACCAUCUUUUAUUCUUAAAAAUGAGUCCCUUCAAUGAAACUUUAAAAAAAUACUGAAUUUUUAUACAUUGCAUACAUUUUAUAAGUUUCUUGUGCUCACUUUAUUACUAAAAAAUUCUAGUCUGUUGAUCUGCCUUUUGUUCCCCAGAAAUGUACAAUAUUGUUUGUUGUUUGUAUAAAUAUGCCUGGUUUUUAUUAUAAAGAUGUCAUUGUAGAAAGUAGAAACUCAUAUCAUGGCCUUUUAAAUAUUAUAAUAAAGGCAAAUGGAUAUUUGCCCUUAGUUUACUGGUUAAAAGCUUGUUUACAGAACUUUUCUUUGGUGCUUAAAUGAUGCUAUGUAAAAUGUCAUGGGUAAAAAGAAUAAUUUUAUAGUAGUAGCAGACUUUUCGAAAGAUGUCAGUGGUUUUAAGAAAAUAUAUUAAAAUUAGAAACUGGACCUACUAUAGAAGAAUUCUAAAAUGAAGACAUUAUACAUUCUUUUUAAGUUAAUCUUGUUCUCGUUAAAGAUUCAUUACAAUAUAAAUGUAUUAUUUCUUAAGAUCAUGUAUUCUUUGUACCCAUAACUUAAAACAUGUCUCUUCUAAUCAUAGAAUGCCCUGCAUAAUAAAAAUAAGAGCUGAGAUAAAAAAAAAAAUUAAGCCAUAGCUAUGCAUAUAUUAGGAUUUGUUGUAUCUUUUUUUAUUACCACAGACAUUAAAGCAUCACUUAUAAAACACUGAUAAAUGAAAGAUGUUGAUGAAGUACACAUGAUGAGAAGAUUUGGGAAAAUAUAAAAUCACAUUGUUAGUAAAGUUUAUAAAAUUUCUUUUUUUUUUGACAGGCAGAGUGGACAGUGUGAAAGAGAGAGAGAGAGAAAGGUCUUCCUUUGCCGUUGGUUCACCCUCCAAUGGCCGCCACGGCCGGCGCGCUGCAGCCGGCGCACCGCGCUGAUCCGAAGGCAGGAGCCAGGUGCUUUUCCUGGUCUCCCAUGGGGUGCAGGGCCCAAGCACUUGGGUCAUCCUCCACUGCACUCCCAGGCCACAGUAGAGAGCUGGACUGGAAGAGGGGCAACCGGGACAGAAUCCAGCGCCCCGACUGGGACUAGAACCUGGUGUGCCGGCGCCGCAAGGCGAAGGAUUAGCCUAUUGAGCCAUGGCGCCAGCCAUAAAAUUUCAUUUAUAGAGGAAUUAACAUUCUAAAUGUUUAGAAAACAGGCUCAACUUUUAAAAUAUAAUCUCCUUUAAAAUUGUCAUGAGUGUUCUAUUUGGAAAGUUUUUAGAAAAUAUAGGUGUUAAAUGUUGCAAGAUGUGAAGUAAAGACUAGUGCUGGAAGACUGUUUGCUCUGAGUUAGUAUGACCAAGUUUAAGUUGUGGGUUUUUUUGGUUUUUGUUUUUGUUUUUCCAUAAAAAGGCCAUGAAAAUAGAGUAAUAAUAUAGUAGGAGUUAAGGGGUAAGUUUGCCUUUUUCAGUAAAGGUAGAGUUGCUGAGGUUUUCUGGAUUAAUAUUAGAUUUAGAUUGUGACCUUUUAGAUUUUGUGUUGCACUCUGUUGUAUUAUCUCCUAGAACAUAAUCCUUAAACAUUAAGCAUUAAUGUGUUCUUCAUGUUAAUAUGGCAGAGUUUUGUAAACUAAAUUAAAACUUACUGAUGUGCAAGACAUUGAGCCACAGGAAAGAAUCAGUGCCGUCUUCCCAGUUGUGUUAAGGUUAAAACUUAUUCUAAGACGUCUGCCUUUUCAGGUUCUUAGAUCAUGGCCUGCAAGUAUACUUUGUGCUGGAGACAAAUUGGAGGUCAAGCAGAUACCAGAAUUCUAAUUUAAGUGUGUAUACAGCAGUCCUUGUUUAUAGUGUAAAAUUGUUCAUAUUUUGUAUAAAAACUAAUUCUUUUUGAAAAAUGAAGCAUUUACAGUUUGUUUUUGGACUCCUAGUCAAAUAGUCAAAGGAUUUUCCUUUAAAUGCCUGUCUGAUUUUAGUCUAGUCUUUUGUACUUUUCUUCAGAAGAAAUGAAUUAAAGGGUAUGUGUAGCCACAUCAAGUGGACUUUUUUCCUAAUGGAUUGGGAAUAAAUGCUCAACUUUA